CCGCCCCCUGCCUCUGCGUGCGCACCGCCUAGAGCCCGCCUCCGUGAAAGACUGCCCGGCGCAUGCGGCCGGGCUGGUGCACUGGCUGCCGGGGCUCAGUGUGAGCGUCGCUCUUUUAGCUUCUUAGCCGACGGCAGGAUUUAAAGCCGGCCUCAGGUCAACAAGUAAAAUGAAGUACAUUCUAGUUACUGGCGGUGUCAUAUCAGGAAUUGGAAAAGGAAUCAUCGCCAGCAGCGUGGGCACGAUACUUAAGUCAUGUGGCUUACAUGUGACCUCCAUUAAAAUUGACCCGUAUAUUAACAUUGAUGCUGGCACAUUCUCUCCUUAUGAGCAUGGUGAGGUUUUUGUGCUGGAUGAUGGUGGGGAAGUAGACCUUGACCUGGGUAACUAUGAACGUUUCCUUGAUAUCCGCCUUACCAAGGACAAUAAUCUGACCACUGGCAAGAUCUAUCAGUACGUCAUUAACAAGGAACGCAAAGGAGAUUAUUUGGGGAAAACCGUCCAAGUGGUCCCGCACAUCACAGAUGCGAUCCAGGAGUGGGUAAUGAGACAGGCCUUAAUACCUGUGGACGAAGAUGGUCUGGAACCUCAAGUGUGUGUUAUUGAGCUCGGUGGGACAGUAGGAGAUAUAGAAAGCAUGCCCUUUAUUGAGGCCUUCCGUCAAUUCCAGUUCAAGGUCAAAAGAGAGAACUUCUGUAAUAUUCACGUCAGCCUCGUGCCGCAGCCAAGUUCAACAGGGGAACAGAAGACUAAACCCACCCAGAACAGUGUUCGGGAACUCAGAGGGCUUGGGCUUUCCCCAGAUCUGGUUGUGUGCAGGUGCUCAAAUCCUCUUGACACGUCAGUGAAAGAGAAAAUAUCGAUGUUCUGCCAUGUGGAACCUGAACAAGUGAUCUGUGUCCACGAUGUCUCAUCCAUCUACCGAGUCCCCUUAUUGUUAGAGGAGCAGGGGGUUGUAGAUUAUUUCCUCCGGAGACUUGACCUUCCUAUUGAGAGGCAGCCGCGAAAAAUGCUGAUGAAGUGGAAAGAGAUGGCCGACAGAUAUGAUCGCUUGCUGGAGACCUGUUCUAUUGCCCUCGUGGGAAAAUACACCAAGUUCUCAGACUCGUACGCUUCUGUCAUUAAAGCUCUGGAGCAUUCUGCACUGGCCAUCAACCACAAACUGGAAAUCAAGUACGUAGAUUCCACGGACCUGGAGCCCAGCACCUUGCAGGAGGAGCCAGUGCGCUACCACGAGGCCUGGCAGAAGCUCUGUAGCGCUCAUGGCGUGCUGGUUCCAGGAGGAUUUGGUGUACGAGGGACUGAAGGAAAAAUCCAAGCCAUCUCCUGGGCUCGGAAACAGAAGAAGCCUUUUCUGGGUGUGUGCUUAGGAAUGCAGUUGGCAGUGGUUGAAUUUUCAAGAAAUGUGCUGGGAUGGCAAGAUGCCAAUUCUACAGAGUUUGACCCCAACACCAAUCAUCCCGUGGUCAUAGACAUGCCGGAACACAACCCUGGCCAGAUGGGUGGAACCAUGCGGCUGGGCAAGAGGAGAACUCUGUUCCAGACCAAGAACUCCGUCAUGAGGAAACUCUACGGAGAUCCAGAUUACCUGGAGGAGAGGCACCGCCACAGGUUUGAGGUGAAUCCAGUCUUGAAAAAGUGUUUGGAGGAGCAAGGCUUGAAGUUCGUUGGCCAAGAUGUUGAAGGAGAGAGAAUGGAAAUUGUGGAGUUGGAAGAUCAUCCCUUUUUCGUCGGAGUGCAGUAUCACCCUGAGUUUCUGUCCAGACCUAUCAAGCCUUCCCCACCGUACUUUGGUCUCCUCCUAGCCUCUGUGGGAAGGCUCCCGCAUUACCUCCAGAAAGGCUGCAGGCUCUCGCCCAGGGACACCUACAGUGACAGAAGUGGAAGCAGCUCCCCUGACUCUGAAAUCACUGAACUGAAGUUUCCUUCAAUAAACCAUGACUGAUGGUAACGGAUAAUUCUUGAAGAGAGCCUUUGGACUUCAGGAGUUUACAGCUUUGAUUUUACACUCAGCUUUUGACACUUCCUUUAAAUUAUGUUUUUAUUAAGAUUAUUUUAUUAUGGGGGAAGGGAUCCGGGGAGACCGUGACUUGAUGUCCUGCCGUGUGUACCAGCUCCCGCACGGUGUGCUGCUGGAUGUCCCGCGCUCUCCUCUGCGGUCCUCGAGCCUCGGGUGAGAGGCAGGACGUUGGGGCCGAGCAGGUGAGGGCCGGGCGCCGGGGCAGCCCUCGGUCACGGAGCUUCUGUGGCCACACUGCAUCACUGUGGCUUCGCGUGUGCAGCUGUUCCUUCCCCUGAGGCCGUUAUAAGAGGUGUGCCAUGCUGCCUAGUGGGCGUGGAGGGGCGAGUGCAGCUGUGCUCACGACCCGGUGCCAGAACCCAUGGGCACCCCUUGCCAUGAGGAAGAGGGAAACCAGAGACAGAGCGCCGGCUGUCCUGUGCUGGGGACUCUCUGUGGCAACCGCGGCUUGGAUUUGCUCAGGACAGUCAGUUUGGCAUCACAUGAGACAAGAACUCUGUCUCCCUGAAGUCUGAGUGUGUUGAAUCCCUGUCCUCUGGCUGCGAGUCCCCUCCAGAAUCACUCCUUGCAUCAAGGGGUCACUUAACAAAGAACAAAGGAUCUUUUCGGGACACUCCCUCUAAACCUCUCUCUUAUGUAGACAGCUUUGCUCAAGGGGACUGUCUCCUUCCAGAAUGGUGUUUCCGGUUGGAAUGCAAUAUGAAAAGCUAUUUUCUUAAUGUGGUGUAACGACAGGUGGAGCUGCGUGCCUGUUAUAUCCUGGCUGGACUCGGUGUAUACUCUAACUUAAGAAAUAAAUAACGCAGAGCAAGAGA